UCGAAUACCAUGGCGAAGCUUCCAGAUUACGAAAUUGUCUAUCUUCCGGCUUCCGAUGGGAAGUUAUUCAUAAACUCGCAUCAAUAGUCGUCUCUUUCUUUCUCAUCAAGAAAUAAUCCGUCGCUGCGUCGUUUCUGCUCCAAUGUCAUCUCCAGCAGAAUUCUAUAAUUCACUCCCACCUAUAAGCAAGGCUUAUGGUACCUUGUGUUUGGUGACUACAACACUAGCUACAUUAAAGCUAUUACCAAUUUAUUAUAUCGCAUUGAUCUAUGAACAAGUCUUCUUUCGCCUUCAGGUGUGGAGGCUUCUUACAAAUUUCAUCUUUCUUGGCCCUUUCUCUAUAAAUUUUGGAAUCCGCUUGUUAAUGAUAUUAAGAUAUGGAGUUCAACUAGAGAAUGGACCAUUUAAUAGACGCACAGCAGACUUUUUGUGGAUGAUGAUAUUUGGAUCUUCAACACUUUUGGUACUAGCCGCCAUUCCUUUCUUUGAGUCAUACUUUUUGGGGGUAUCUUUGGUAUUUAUGCUUCUUUAUGUGUGGAGCCGAGAAUUUCCAAAUGCCAAUAUAAACAUCUAUGGGCUUGUACAACUUAAGGCAUUCUAUUUGCCAUGGGCGAUGCUUGCUUUAGAUGUUAUAUUUGGUUCACCUAUUGCCCCUGAUCUAUGUGGUAUCUUAGCCGGUCAUCUAUAUUACUUCUUGACGGUCCUUCAUCCUUUGGCCAGUGGAAGAAACAUUUUGCGGACACCAAUGUGGUUACGUAAAAUGGUUGCAAAGUACAAGAUUGGAGCUCCGGUGUAUACCCAAACGCAGCCUGCUGGAAAUACUGGUGGUGCCUUUAGGGGAAGAUCUUAUCGUGUUGGUGGCUGAUUUUUUGUUUUUUUUUUUUUUUUGAUAUUGAAAACAAUUUAUCUGAACAUGUUUGGAUGUUAGAUUGCAGUAAGAAAAAGUAGUUAAUUUCGCCAUCUUGGGUUAUCUUAAUGAGCCAAUUGAUAAAUCUUUUAGAGGAUGACUAAGAAAAUAUGGAUUUAUACAUUUUGCAUUUUUGUUGCA